GGGCGUAUCCGAGUUGAGGACCGCCAUCUCCCGGUGCCAAAAUCCAACAAACCCUAGACGUGCCCGAUUUGCACCGCGUGCGAAACCAAAACGAGCGCAGCUGUAGCACCUAACGUAGGACGUUUCGAACCCGGAUUAAGGUCACUCAACACCCCCGGGGAUUUUCGUGAACUGGGAGAAAAAUUAAAUAAAUAAGUAAAUGCUGUAAUUAGAUUGGGCAAAGAGAAAAUGGUGUUUCUGACGUUGUCGCGCUGGAUCCGAAACCGUGGACCGGAUAGAUACUGGAAGGUUCAAGAACUCCUGAAACAUGCACGGCAUUUCCGAGGCAGGAAGAACCGCUGCUACUCUCUGGCUGUGCGAGCGGUGAGAAGGGCUUUCGUCUAUGCCACCAAAGGUCGGAUACUCAAGAAACGUGACAUGCGGAGGCUCUGGAUCUUGCGCAUUGCGGCAGCAUCACAAGAACAUGGGAUGAAGUACCCUGUCCUCAUGAACAACCUUAUAAAGAGUAGUGUUCAACUCAAUCGUCGCACGCUCAGUGACCUUGCCGUCACAGAACCUCGGUCAUUCCUCGCACUUACGAAGCUGGCUCAGGCUCGGCGAGAGGAGGGCUUCCGUGCAGCAUUGGGCAAUGGAAAAGAGCCUCCCGGUGUCUUCUCACGCGUAGUUCUGCAACAAUAAGGGACCUGCUGCAAUUCUUGACUCCCAUUUACUAUGUAGUGUAGACAGUGAUGCCCUUGGCUUGUUAGUAUGUGCAUAAUAAUAAUGCAUUUUAUUUGUAUAGCACCUUUCAUCGUCAGAGAUGAUCUCAGAGUACUUGACAGUGCAUUAAAACAAUACAAAACAGACAACGAAAUUACUACUCGGUUAAAUUACUUGGUUAAAGUGCUAAAACUAACAGAAAGCCUUUUUAUGUAAAUAGGUCUUUAAAACAGUUUUAAAAGUAUCAAGUUUCAAAACAAAACACUGUGUAAACAUCUGAUAUGCAACACACUAUUUUUCAUUCAUCUCAAUUGCAGAUGCUUGGACUGUUUGGUACCUUGAGGUUAUGCUGUUUAGCCCCGAGCCAAUAACCUCUCUCUCUCUCUCUCUCUCUCUCUCUCUCUCUCUCUCUCUCUCUCUCGGCUUCUUCCUGCUUUUUUUCUCUGCUUGUUUUCCUCAACUGCAUCCUUGUACGUCUUGAUAAACGUACAUAGGCAUUGGUGAGCAUACUAAUGCUCAUCAAACCACAACCUAAUUCUUGCCUUCAAAAGAAGUUUGAGUUUUUACAGAUGCUAGAAUUUAGUGUUUAUUUGCUUGAAACGUGCUUGGGUUUUUUUAUUUUCUGUAAAGAUUUGGACCAUACAGAUCCAAAUCUGUUUUUAUUUUUAAAGAUUUUUAUUUCAAAGUUUUUAUUUCAAAUACUUUUAGGUAUAAAUAAGCUUUUGAAUUAGAAAAAGCACCAGUUGUGCGCUUGAAGUGAAAAAAGAAAAAAAGUACAUCUUCAAAGUAUUGAACAAAAAGAUUAUUAAGGCUAUGAGUUAAGGCCUUAUUGACAACUGUUGUGAUGUCUGUCACUCGGUGUGUUGUGCUUCACAAAUGUCUUUGGCAUUCACUGUCACUUCCCAUUCACUGUGUGCCAUGGGCAAUUGUCAGCACUUUUUGGAAUACUUCCACAUUAUUCCAGCAGGUCUCGAUUUAAUUUAUUUACAAAUACCCCAGUAUCCUCAGAAUUAAUUCAGCGCCAAUUUUUCAAAAUGUUAUGUGUUCUGAUGAGUCUUUGUGUUCACAUUAUUGUAUUCCAUGACUGCAGUAGACGCUACAUGAUAGUGAUGAGGAGUCAAGAGUUAGAACUGCACAUACCCUUUUAUUGAACUAUGUCCAGUGUGUGUCUAGCCAGCACAGAAUCCCUUCUGCAGCAUUACCAACUCUACACACCCCAGUGAUUUAAGUUCCUUUUGAAACCAUUUAAAUCGUAUGUACCAUAUCUGCUGUUUAGGUAUGGUUUUGAUACUGUUUGUGAGGCUUUGUUGGUGGUAGAGCGCCAGAAUAUCAACUUUGUGAUGCCUUUUGUCUCUGUGUAAAUAAGUGUAAUUUCCCUUUACAUUUGUUUUAAAGUGUAUACUUGGAACAUUCUUUCAUUAAAAAAAAUUGUUAUAU